AUGAUCGCGUUGCUUUUCAUCGCAAACUCCAUUUUCGUCAUGUUUAUGCCCGCAGAGGUUGGUUUUCCAUGUCUACACAAAAUGAACGAUUUUAAAAGCUCUACGAUUCCCUUUAUGGGUCAUUUGAGCGAAACAGCCCCUAUAAAGGCCGAAAAGGGGUCCCUAUAGGGAUAAUAAGCUCUUCCAUUCGGAGGGACCCUUUGAGCGCCCGGUAUGGAUCAAAAGGUUUCCAUUAAAUGUUCUUAGACGGGUGGCAAAAGUUUCCUUUUUACGGUUUUUUUGCGUCCUUUCAUCGGCCUUUAUCCACCCUUUUUGGACCUUUUUGAGAAAAAUUUUCAAAUUGAGAAUAAUCUUUACCAUUGACUGUGUAUGCACUAAAAUGUGCUACAGUAAAAAAAAUCGGAAAUAAUCAAUAGCAGAGCCUUUCAUCACCCUUUAUGGAUCCUUUUUGGACCCUUUUUGGACCUUUUUUGGACCGUUUCUUAGCCGACCAAGAAAAAAAGGCUUAAUAAAGGUCGCGAAACGGAACCCUUUUAGCGGCUAUUUUGCACCCGUUUUCCGCACUUCCGACUUUGGCAGUGUUAAGCCUUUGAACCGCUUCAUUUUCUUUUUGCUUGAAAAUCGAUAACACGAUCCGUGGAAUGGCUCCAGUGACAUAUCCUGGUUACAAAGCCGUGGUUUCCCACUACCAAGAUUUCCUAAAAAACGCGACGGGGAUCGAACCUGUGACCCUGCGGACCAUAGACAGGUCCACAACCUGUUGCGCUACAAUGCGCCGUUUGGUUUUCAUAAUAUCAGACACGAUUAACGAGAGUUUAAAGUGAAGAGAAAUACUGAGUUUCGAUAAAAAAUCAAACUGAAUUUUAAAAAGAAGCUUUUCAAGCAUUUUUCAACCAUAUCCAAGCGACAGAAGCUAAAAAAUCGUCAUUUUUUUCUUUUCCCUUUCUAAAAAUCAUUCCAGACAGCAUCCACAGCCGUUCUGAAGGCGUCGACGGGCAACGCGACAUCGCGCAUCAUCCCCAAAGAAGACGAUGUCGCGGCCCUCAUCGCGAAUCACACGAAAGCGUUGAACGAAUUCGCUGAUUAUGAUACGACGCGACCCGAUUUUGAAGUUGGUCAGUUGCCGGAUUUUAAAUAUAAUCAAGACUUUUUUACCUUAUUUAAUUAUAAAUAAAAAAUAAGGAAUUUUAUUCAAAUUGAAACUUUAUUUACUCCAAAACACAAUAUAUUUUUUUUAUCAUCAUUUUUUUUUGGUUUUGAAGGAAUAUCGGUAAAGUUGAACAUCAUAUAAUAAAAAAAUGUUUCCUCUAGAUAUUUUUAACAUUCUUUAUGAGCACCUUUCUCGUAUUUUACGCUUUUUUUCUUUGCUCGAAUCAAGUAAUUUUAUUCAUUUUUUUCUAGAUUCCUUGUUUAAAUUUCUUACAUGGAUGGUUUCAUUUUUGUGUAGGGUUUGGAAUUUUUCUAUAAAUUUUUCUGAAAGACUGGGAAUCGAUCCCCCAUAGUCGCUAUCUGGGCAAAGUUUUUUUUUUGAGAUAUGAUUUUUCAAAGUUGUUGUCCUUAAUCAUGUAACGGCGUUUGGAAAGAAUCUGGCCGCGGAACAAGCCAUUAGACGUCACCUAGGAGCGUGGUGCAGUGGCUAGCGAGGUAGCCUGCGAAGCGUAUGUUGUGGGUUCGGAACCUUUUGCCGCCGUCGUUUUUUUGCUAUUAAUUUUUCAACAUAUAGUGAUUCAAAUAUCGAAAUUUAAUGAUUAAAACCGUUCCAAAAACCAAGAAAAAGUGUUAAAAAUGAACUUCAUGAAUCCAAUUCCAAAAAAAACUUUGUAGGUGUCGCAGAAAUAUUCUUUUUCUCGUUUUAACCAUCAUUUCACGCUUCGAAUGACGUCAUUUUUCCUCUUUUUCAUAUUUUUCGAAGCUUGUUAAAAUUUCCUGUAUUCGAGUGGACAGUCCAACUUUUUCUUGUUCCUUUCUCAAUGGUGAAUUUGGAUUUUGGGAUUGUUUGCAUUUUGCGCGGAGACUCGUAUGGCAUUUUGCCACAUUUUCCUCCCCCUUGUUGACUUUGGCCGUUUUGCAACAAGAACAACUAGACUUUUUUUUUUCGGUUUUUGGUCUCGAAAUUGAAUUUUGGAAAAGCUUGAAAUUGAAGCACUGUUUUUUAAAAGGCUAAAGUGGCCCCUAGAGGGGUUAGGGGAAGAACAGUCCCUAUAGGAGACAGAAAGUGGUCCCUACAGGGGUUUAGGGUCUGACUUCUGAGCAUCUAAAAGUUCAAGUGGUACCUAUAGGGGUUCAGGAUCCAACUUCUGGGCAUCUAAAGCUCAAGUGGUCCCUAUAGGGGUUCAGUGUCUGACUUCUGGGCAUCUAAAGUGGCCCCUAUAGGGGUUCAAGAUCUGACUUCUGAGCAUUUAAAGUUUAAGGGGUCCCUAUAGUGGUUUAGGAUCCGACUUCUGGGCAUUUAAAGUUUAAGGGGUCCCUAUAGUGGUUUAGGAUCCGACUUCUGGGCAUCUAAAGCUCAAGUGGUUCCUGUAGGAGACGAAAAGUGGUCCCUAUAGGGAUCUAGGGUCUGACUUCUGAGCAUCUAAAGCUCAAGUGGUUCCUGUAGGAAACGAAAAGUGGUCCCUAUAGGGAUCUAGGGUCUGACUUCUGAGCAUCUAAAGCUCAAGUGGUCCCUGUAGGAGACGAAAAGUGGUCCCUAUAGGGAUCUAGGGUCUGACUUCUGAGCAUCUAAAGCUCAAGUGGUCCCUGUAGGAGACGAAAAGUGGUCCCUAUAGUGGUUUAGGAUCCGACUUCUGGGCAUCUAAAGCUCAAGUGGUCCCUGUAGGAGACGAAAAGUGGUCCCUAUAGGGAUCUAGGGUCUGACUUCUGAGCAUCUAAAGCUCAAGUGGACCAUAUAGGGGUCUUCGGAUUUUGUUUUUUCUGUCUUGUAGGUUGAAAAGUGUUCACUAAAACUCGAUAAGAUAUUUUUCAACCCUCUAGGGGCCACUCUCGCAAGCUUUAGGGAUCCCUAGAGGGGUCUUUUCAAGUGCCCUAAAGUGGCCCCUCUAGGGGUUUGAGAAGCUCAAAAAGAUGUUUACAGCUUCCAAUUGAAAACAUUUUUUGAAAUAUUUCGUGACCUUCUUUUUCCUCAAAUUUUUUUUCCCAACUUCUAUCUUCUCAGUAUCAACUUUUCGAAACCCCCCAAAAAAGUACGUUCAAAUAGGCUCGAGUUUCCGAUUUCAAUAGGCCAAACUAAAGCCGCCGGCUUUUCUCGCGAAUAAACGUGAGAAAACACGAUAUUUCCUCGUAAUGGAUACUCUCAAGGGCUCUUGGAAACGUGAUUGAAUAAAAAGAGAAUAAAAAAAUGAAAAGCCUCUCCCUGAAAAAUUGAAAAAUUUAACGGAAUCCAAAAGGGCUCUUUUCGAAAAAGUCACUUAUUGAAAAUAAUGGUAAAAACGAUACAAAUCCGAUAAAUUGUUCGCACUGCGAAUGGCUCGAAGUUGCGACCGACUAGAAAACGACUUGCGCUUCAUGAAUUUCUGGAUCAAACUGCAGCGCGUUGAGCCAUUCCAAAUGCGACCGGAAACUUUCCGGUUUAAAAUUUAUAAUUGGUUUGAAAAUUUCUGGGCGCCAGAGUGUUAUAGAGCCAUAAAAACUGCAAAACGGAAUUUCGUCCCGAGACCUUUUUUUUAGGAUUCUCUAUGCUCCUUUAAACUUACAGGGACCAUUUUUAAGUGUGUUGCUUUAUUUUCAACUUGAAGGUUCCAUCUUUUAAGUUGAAUGGGAAGCUUCAAUUCUGUAAGAACUGUGAGAAAAUGAUCAAUAUUUAAAGAUAAUCAGAUUAAAAAUAAUUAUUCAAGGUGAAGGACCCUGCGAACGACGCGGAUGUCGUUGUGCCAACGACGAUUUCGAUGGGAAACCUUGUUCCAGUUGCACCUGUCCAGGUAAAUCCUUGACUACUUUUGGAUGAACUUUGGUAUGGGAGGAUGUAAUGAACGGAAAAUGAUCUCAAAACCAACAAGAGAAAAAGGACAAUUUUUACCUUUUCUUUACCGCUUCAAACGCUUGUAUAUGCCCUUUUUUGUCAUAAUUUGCGUUUUUUCCAAACUUCGAAGCUUCAUUAAUUGAAAAAGGGUCUGUUGCAAGAAAUGGGGGCAAAAAGUUCCCAAAAAAGGUAAAUCCUGACUACUUUUGGAUGAACUUUGAUAUGGCCCAUAUCAUAUGGGAGGGUGUAAUAAAAGGAAAAAUGCGACGUUUUUACCCCCCGGUCUUAUUAAGGACCUUCUGGUUCCAGAAAAAGAAAAAAAUGUCUCGCGAUGGAUCAGAUUUUUCGGGUAAGGCGCUUCGAAAGCUUGAAAUACUGUACCUAGGAUCGGCAGAGUGACCACUAGAGGGGCCCUUUCAGGGUCUCUUAUUGGUCCGCCUCGAGGAACUAUAAAGCAAACUGAAGCUUGCAAGAAAAACCACUUUGAAAUUUUCACUUAGUGGCCACUCUAGGGGAACAUUCCAGCAGAAAUCCGAACGAAAACAUUUUGAAAAUCCCUAUAGGGAUGCCUCAAGCUUCAGGGGCUAAAGAGUCAAACCUAAACUCCUAUAGGGGCCACUUUAGCCCUCUAGGGACCGGUAUUUUGAUCACUAUAGGGAAUUUUUUUCCCAUUACUUCUCUAGUGGCCACUCUGACGUUCCUGAGUAAUGCUAUUUUACUUCUCUUAAGUGGCCACUUGACGCCUUUGAAGGGAUUUUUUGAGUGAGAGGAGCAUUUUUUUGAUACAUGGCUCUUGAAAAAAUAUUUUUAACAUGGAUUCAGGUGCGACAAACGAGGUCCCGACACGAAAUAUAAAACGAUUCCCAGCUCAUUAUCCCUUCGAUACGGAGCCCAACAAUGUAGGCUUCAAAAAUGGUCUUGAAGGGGUUUUUAUUGAUUUUUUUCAGUAUGGACAUGUCCCGGACGAUAGCUUCUAUUCACAGCAGCCUUUGGGAUCCUAUCCGCAGCAACAGGUGGUUUUUUUUUAUCCCGGGUAGACCCGAUCGGUUAAAAAAUGGCUUUUUUGACAAUUUGCGGGCCACAUCGCCCUAGGGUGUCCCACUCUCAGCAACAGCUUUGAUUCAACUUCAUUCAUUCCAACUUGAAACCUCCUGGUCGCACUUGGAAUGGCUUAAAGCCUAAGUUUACACUUUCCGAUGCCUUGCGCCGUGGCCUAGUUUUCCAAACCGACCAGAGUGUCGGGCAUUCUGGAAAAGUCGGUCGGUUUGGAAAACUAGGCCACGCCGCAAAUGCGCUCCAUAGAACUAUUCAAAUUUUUAACCAUUUAUUUAUUUAUUUUACAGUCCGCUAGGUUGAAAAAUCGAGAAAAAUGGCUUUUUGCACAAUUUGACCGCUUCGCGGGCUGUAGUGCCCUAGAGUGUCCCAUUCUCACCAACCGCUUUGAUUCAACUCCAUCCAACCUGACUUGAAACCUCCUGGUCGCACUUGGAAUGGCUCAAAGCUUAACUUUACACUUUCCGAUGCGCCGUGGCCUAGUUUUCCAAACCAACAGGCUAUUCCAGAGUGUCGGGCAUGCUCGCUUUAAAGUCUGAAUAGUUCCAUGGAGCGCAUUUGCUGCGUGACCUAGUUUUCCAAACCGACCGACUUUUUCAGAGAGUUGGGCAUGCUCGCUUUAAAAUUCGAAUAGUUCCAUGGAGCAAAGUUGCUGCGUGGCCUAGUUUUCCAAACCGACCAGAGUGUCAAGCAUGCUGGAAAAUUCGCUCGGUUUGGAAAACUAGGCCAUGCCGCAAAAUGUGCUCCAUGGAACUAUUCGAAUUUAUUUUUUUAAUCAAUCUCAAGCUUUUUUAAAUCAAUCUCUAGCAACUUUUUUCAAAUUUUAACCCUGAUAAUUUAUCGAAUUUGAGUCGCCCUACGGUUCCAAUUCGCCACAGGAUCCUGACUACGACAGUUACGUGGGCGGUGGUCGACAAGUUUUCAGCCGACCCGCCUUACCGACCCAAAAUGUGAGGCUUUUCUCAGUAUUUUUUUAUUAUUAUAGUCUUUUUGUUAGUUUUUCCCAUGAGGAAGGUCGAUAAAAUCUUUUUUAGACACUAUCUGAUCCUUCAUGGUCGCAUUUGGAAUGGAUCUAGGUGUUGAUCAUUAAAAAGACGGAGUUAAAACUGACAUAAACAAUUUUUUGGUCGGUGGUUAUGAUGUCGCGGCUCAUUUCCUUGGUAAGAUUACUUGGUGGUCGCAUUUGGAAUGGCUGGGAAGCGGAUCAAGGAUCAAAAAUCGUCUGAGAUCCGGCUCGGGAUGUAGAUCAUGAACCAAAAAGGGUCUUCGAUCAAAAAAAAAGGCUUUUGAAAAAACUUUUACUGAAAGAUAGAUGAAGAAAAAAUAAGUUUCCAGAACAAUUUUGGAUACGGGAACACCCGCGGCUACACUCCUUAUAAUUCGUCGCCCCUCGGAUAUUCUUACGCAGGUUUUGAAGAAAGUCUACAUGCAGAAAUGGAUUCUUUCAGGUUAUAUCCAUAGACAGGCAAGACGGUACCCGAUCAUGAUGUACACCUUAGUUCAAUGUGUACCUUGUCAGAGGGCGAAGCAUCUUUUGGCCGUCAGUUAUGGCGACGUCGCGGCCCAUUUCCUUGGUAGGUUCACUUGGUGGUCGCAUUUAGAAUGGCUUGAUUUCAAACAAUCUCAAUUUUGAAGUCCCAAGCUUCGAAAAAAAAAGGAAUUGAGCUUCUAAUGAAACACACUGAGAAAUUUAGGAGCCAAACUAAAACUAGUUUGGGCAUUUUUUCUAACUGUCAGUUAUGGUGACGACCUUGAUUAGCUCAUUUGAUGGUCGCAUUUGGAAUGGCUAGGUCCCAAAAAUAAUUUCGAAUUUGAAGUCCCAAGCUUCGAAAAGACAGAAGUUAAGCUUCUAAUUAUUAAGCACCGGUAAAUUUAUUUUCCUCAUUCGUUGGUCGCAUUCGGAAUGGCUAGGCGCGUACAUUUCAAAAAUAACUUAAUUUUGAAGUCCCAAGCUUCAAUAAGGCAUAAAAUGUACUUCCGAUCAAUAAUGCCAAAGUUGAGUGUCACUGGAUGUUCGCAUUUGGAAUGGCUAGAUCCCAAAAAGAUUCCCAAUUUGAAGUCCCAAGCAUCAAUAAGACAGAGAAUUUCCUUCCAGUCAAUAAUUCCAAAGUUGAGUGUCGCUUGAUGGUCGCAUUUGGAAUGGCUAGGUUUAAAAAAUAUUGCGAAUUUGAAGUCCCAAGCUUCAAUAAGGCAAAAAAUGAGCUUCCGGUCAAUAAAGCGAAAGUUGAGCGUCGCUUGAUGGUCGCAUUUGGAAUGGCUCGAUUUCAAACAAUCUCAAUUUUGAAGUCCCAAGCUUCGAAAAAACAGAAAUUGAACUUCUAGUCAAGCACACUAGUGAAUUUAGGAGCCAAACUAAAUAAUUUGGGCAUUUUUCCAGCCGUCAGUUAUGACGAUGUCCUUGGUUAGCUUAUUUGAUGGUUGCAUUUGGAAUGGCUAGGUCCCAAAAAUAAUUUCGAAUUUGAAGUCCCAAGCUUCGAAAAGACAUAAAUUGGGCUUCCAAUCUUUUAGCACUUGUAAAUCUAUUUUUUUUUUGUUGGUCGCAUUCGGAAUGGCUAGACGCGGAGAUUUCAAAAAUAACUUAAUUUUGAAGUCCCAAGCUUCAAUAAGGCAUAAAAUGUACUUCCAGUCAAUAAUGCAAAAGUUGAGCGUCGCAUUUGGAAUGGCUCGAUUUCAAAAAUCUUUAAUUUUGAAGUCCCAAGCUUCAAUAAGGCAGAGAAUGACCUUCCAGUCAAUAAUACGAAAAUUGAGCGUCGCUUGUUGGUCGCAUUUGGAAUGGCUAGGUCCCAAAAAGAUUUCGAAUUCGAAGUCCCAAGCUUCGAAAAGACAUAAAUUGAGCUUCCAGUCAAUAAUACGAAAGUUGAGCGUCGCAUGAUAGCCGCAUUUGGAAUGGCUUUUUUCACCGAGAACCUCCGGAAGGAAUUGGAUAAUUUAGAACUUCGCGGAGACGAAGACUGGCAACGUCAAUUGCAAGUCGACCUCCAAAGAAUAACCCGACAAAUCACAUUUCCCUACAUUUUCAUCUGUGGCCAACAUAUUGGAGGUACAAAAAGACUCGAAAAAUCGAAUAAAAUCAAUUUUGAGGCUCCUCCGACCUGUUCAACCUCCACCAGAGCGGCCAACUCCGAACGAUGCUCAAUAAUUGCCGACCACGUAAAUCUUGAGAGAAUUUCUUUCUUUUUGUCACAUUUUUAUCUCAUAUUCUAUAUAUAUUUGUUAAUUAUUCCCAUAUUGAUCUUAUCGAGAGAUUCCCCCCGGUAAUAAAGACACACAAAUCACAUAGAGAAGGAUUUUUUGGAAAAAUUCAAGUUUUUGGAAAAGUUUGACGUGACCUCUAUGCUGUGUGUGUGUGUGUGUGUCUAUCUUUUUUCUAAUUUUUUUCUUUUUUCUUUCAUUUUCGUCGCUUGAAACUGUCUGACCUGUCUGCGCUCUCUUUUCUUCAACCAGCUAGGCUAGAGAACCGUGAAAAUAGCAGGUAGACUCGAGAGAGCGCAGAGAAAUCAGAUUUUUCAAAUUUUGGAGAUUGAAAUGAUCUUUUUUUCCUUCAUUCAUUCGCUAGACUGGAAACUUUCUGACCUGUCUGCGCUCUCUUUUCUCUCACCUGGCUUGAGAAAAUAGUAGGUUAAGACGAGAGAGCGCAGAGAAAUCAGACUUUUUCAAGUUGCGGCGGAUGAAAGGCUUUUUUUUCUUUCAUUUCAUCCGCUAGACUUGAAAUUGUCUAACCCGUCUGCGCUCUCUUUUCUCUCACCAGGCUUGAGAAAAUAGCAGGCAAACACGAGAGAGCCCAGAGAUAUCAGAUUUUUCAAGUUUCGGCGAAUGACAUGCCUUCUCGUUUUUCUGAAUUUUCACAAGCUUUUCUAAUUUUGGAAAAGUUAGAAGUGGUCCCUAGAGGGCUUCGGACCAUAAGUGACCUCUUAAGAAGCUGGAUGCGGAUUUUUUUCAUUGUGUGUGUGUUUCUUUCUUUUCUUUUCUUUUCAUUCCCACUCUUUGAGAAGUUCUAAGUGGUCCCUAGAGGGCUCUGGGCUUUCAGUGACCCCUUAAGAGGUUGGAAACUCUUCUCUUUCAUGACUCGAACCAAAAACCAUAGAAAAACUUUUUCAAAAUGCUCUUUUGUAAAAUGGAAGGCUUUUCGUAUGAAGACCUUUUCGAAAACUGAUCUAUGCGCCUUUAAAUUUUCCAAAAAGGAAGAAUUUUUCGGACGACUAAGAUUUCUUUAAAAAUAUCUUUUUAUAGGGAUUACUUUUGGGAUUUUUCCGAGUCAUUUUCAUAAGAAAUAACAGAAAUUCACACUAGGUUUUUUUCAGCAAAGAUUUUUAAAAUUCGUUUUUUUAAGUUGAUGAUUUUCGAUGAAUUUUGAAGAUUUAGAGUUUUUUUAAUCACUUUUUAAAAAGUUAGGACUUUAAUUCCGAGUUUUUUUGUAUUUUUCUAAACUUUAGUACUUUUUUUCAUAGUAUUUCCACUGUAUUUAGAAAACAAAUUGAUCACAAAAUUGUGAAAAUAUCAAAGAAAAAUUCGUCCAAUAAUUAUUUUUCAAUGGCCAAAAAGUCCGUUUUUUUCCAGGUUUUCGAAAUUCCUAUAGUUUUUUUAAUGAUCUAAAAAAACAUCGAAACUUGGGUCUAAAUUGCUCAAAUUCUUAAAUUUCAACUUUAGAACAAAAAUUUUUCUCAAAUUUAAUAAAAAAAGGUCGAAAAAAACACGCCGGUUAAAACUGAUCAGUAGAUCAAAAAAAAGUUUUUCCUUUUCCUUAUUAUUCCUGAUUUUCUCUGUUUCUAAUUUUCUUUAUGUUGAUUCAUUUUUCGUACUUUUAGUUCAAUUACGGUAUCAUGGGUUAUAUUCAGUCUAAAAUCCUCUCCGCGGUGUUUAAAGGUGCAUAGGCGGAUUUUAAAGAGGUCUCGAGGCGAAAAGUGAUUUUGUGGUUCUUUAAGUUAAAAAUCCUCUCCGCGGUGUUUAAAGGAGCAUAAGCAACUUUUAAAAAAGGUCCCGAGGCGAAAAGUGAUUUUUCGUGAUUUAUGUCAUUUCAUCAGUUUAUAAGUCACUUUUUCAUGUUUUUUUUCGAUUUUUCGAACACCUCAGAAAGGAUUUUUUAACAGUUUAAAAUUUAGAUUAAACGUCAAAAUGAUUAAAUUCAGUGCCAAAGCUUCAGGAAAUGUUCAAUUUUUCCUUAAAAAGUUUAAAUUUUUUUCAAGCUUUUUUUAAAAAAAUUUUUUUAGAAAUAACUUCAUUAAAAAAACUAUCGUAAAGUUAGAAAAAAACUCACUUUUUUUGGAUUUUUCUGCUCAUUUUUUUCGCUUUUUUUCUCAAAAAAAUCUCAUGUUUUUAUUUGAAUGAUUUGAGCUGAAAGUAGACGUGAAAAGUUGAUUUGAAAUAAGUUUUUGGCUCACGACAAUUUUUUUUUCAAAUUGAAAGUUUUGAAUUUUUAUUUUCGCCUUAACCUUCUCCAAGUAUCACUAUUUUUUUCUUGAAAGAGGAUUCUUAUUGAAAAAUGAAUUCACCUGUACCUUAUCCUCAACACCAAUUUUCUUACAAGAAGAUAAUUAUGAAGCCUUUUUUUUCCUAGACCUUAUUUUUCCUCACAAGGAGAUUUUUCGGAGCUCAAUUUACCUGUACUUUCUUCAUAAUUGAUAUUAUUUUCAUUCAGAGGAAAAUUUUCGGAGCUUCUAACAUAGGAAAAGUCGGGAAGGGUCGAAAAAGGCUCCGAAAAGGUUCCGAAGAAUCCUUUUUGCUGCCUUUUUGCGCCAUUUUAUCAGCUAUUUUGCACCAUUUUUGCUGCCUCUCCCUUUUUCAACCAUUUCUAGAGCCUUUUCUGAAUCCCAGUAAAAAUGAAAGGCUUGAUAAAGGGACUUACUUUGCUGCCAUUUUGCUGCUUUUUGCAGCCUUUCUGCAGCCCUUUUUGCAGCCUUUUUGCAGCCUGUUUGCUGCCUUUCUGCAGCCCUUUUGCAGCCUUUUUGCAGCCUUUUUGCUGCCAUUUUGCUGCCAUUUUUCAGCCUUUUUGCAGCCUUUCUGCGGCCUUUUUUGAGCCUUUUUCUUUUAGCGGCUAUAAUCCACCUCUCCGACUUUGCCCGAGUUCAUCCUGUACCUCAUAAUUCAAAUUAUUUUCCGAUUUUUCAGAGGUUCUUUUUUCCUGUACCUCUUCAUUAACACUAUUUUUUCUUACAAAACACUUUUUUUUGAAUACUUUAGAAAAAAUUCAGAUCCAACACCAGCUCCCACUCCAGAAGACCUUCAAAAUGUUGAUAAACCGGCCAAUUAUCAGCAUCCUUAUCAGCCUGUGCCGAAUACUGUAAGAUAAAUAAACAUGUAAAAGUAUAAACGAAUCAUUUUCAGUACGGUCCGGUGGAAAAUCCGGGUUUCUACGGCCAACACAUGAUGGGUCCUUAUCAACAUCAACAAAUGGUUAAUUUUUUUGGCAUUUUUUCAAAAUUUACAUGUACCCAGAGGUUAAAAAAAGUGAUUUUAUAAGCAAAGUUCGAAAAAUCAAGCUUUUCCAGUUUGAAAACGAAAAUUCGAGCGAGAAUUAGGGACCAAAAUACCAAAAACGGUUUUCAGGAAUUUAAAAAGUUUUGCAGAUCAAUUACGGGUAUGGAAAUGGAUACCAUCACGGUUACACCCCAUAUAAUCCACCAUCCCUUGGAUUUUCCUACACCGGUAAAAGUUACCUGUUUUUCAUCUGAAAAUACUCAUAUUGGAACCUUUGAGCGGACCGUGAGGCUUGUACAAGAGUUUGGUUCGAUUUUUCAAAAUUAAAAGUUAAGAAAAAUUCUCUCAAAAGUCAUGCGCUUCUCUUACUAGGGAACUACUCGGACCCGGGUAAGAGUACUUGAAAACAAGAGAGAUUAUCUGCUAUAGUCUGUUCAUAUUUUUAUUGUCAAGCGCAAUGACGUCAUUCAAAAACACUCUGUAGAUGGCUCGCUCUCUGAUUGGUUUAUCGCGCUAUUAGGGGCGGAGCUUGAGCGACGACUUGACAUUCAAAAUCUGAACAGACUAUACAGAUGACGAUGGCCCUUUAAUAAGGUUGAAUUUUUGACUUCUUUCUCUAUCUUUUAAAUCAAAAAAGAUCAAAAUUAGUCCCGCGCAAUAAAAUAUCGACGCGAAAAGGUACCGUCUCAGCAGGGGCGGAGUUAGCUGGUUGACAUUCAAAAUCUGAACAGACUAUAAGCCCCAUAGGCUUCUGAGAAAAAGCUUCUUGAAAAUGAACAGUUUAGGCUUGAAAAUUAUCAAGUUUUUGUUUUCCUCCUUAUUUUGGCUGGAAAAGAAGUUUUUUAGAGUGUAUCAUACCCAAGGCGAUUGUAUUAUAAUAUAAAAAUAAGGGAAAAAAAGAAGUAUGUCUGAACUGUUCAUUUUCAAAAAGCUUUUUUUCUCAGAUGCCUAUGAGGUUUAGCAGAUAAUCUCCCUUGUUUCCAAGUGCUCUGACUUAGGUCUAUAAACCACUAAAGUUUCAACUGAAACCCGUACCCGAGUCCGAGUAGUUCCCUAGUUAGAGAAUAAUUAAAUAGGUAUAAUCUGUUCUAAAUUUUAACAAAAAAACGUCGCUCAAGCUCCCCCUAACGGCGCGAUAAACCAAUCAGAGAGCGAGGCAUCCAUUCACAAGGCGUUUUCGAAUGACGUCACUCAACUCGAAAUUCAAAAUAAUUGAGAAAAGGCUUAUUCAGGCACGUUUUUUGGCCCCCGGUUGAACUUUUGAUGAAAUUUUGUUAUUGCAUUCUGAUUGCAGAACAAAAAAAAAAUUUAAAACGUCCUCAAGUUUAUGAAGAAAAAUUGGAAGGCUGUAGGUGAAUUGCUGUUUUUAAAGUUGAUAACACAAACUCUAUUACUAUUUUUGUGGUGGUUCACCUCGAAAAAAAUAAACUUUUUCAGGUUACAUCCAAAAACAGGCCCGCCGGUACCCCUUCAUGAUGUACACCUUGGUCCAAUGUGCCCCUUGUCAACAGGCCAAACAUCUUUUAGCCUCCAGUUAUAGCAGUAUCGCGGCUCAUUUUCUUGGUGAGUUUGACAAGGAGAGAUCAACGGCGACCUGAAGAGACGCCAGAGAAAUGGAUAUUCUCUCGCUGACUGACGUCUCUUCAGAUCGUUCCUGAUUCUUUCGAAUCGAGAAGUUGAGGCACUCUCUUUUUCUGACGUCUCUUCAGGAGGCAGUGAUCUAUCGCUUCCGUGUUGGCAAAGAUAAAUUUUUCAUUUUAUUAUUUUAACUGAAAGAAUUGUUACUAAUAAAUGUAUAUAAUCGUUCAAAAAACCUGCGUUCGACCGCUUUCUGUGUGAUGAACGCCGCUAAUUUCAUUCUCUAAGUUCAAAGAGCAUUUUCGCGUAAUGAACAACUUUUCCAAGCACAGAUGCUGUGGAGAAAAAUGGUGAUAUGAAAAAAACACCAGCAAAAAUUCAAACGGCGACUUUUCCGAUUUUUUCAUAUCGCUGGGGAACUUUCCGACGGCCACCUUUCCGACUUAGUCGGAAAGUUCCCUAGCGAUAUGAAAAAAAAAACGGGAAAGUCGCCGUUUGAAUUUUCGCUGGUCUUUUUUUCAUACCACCAGAAAACUUUAAGUAAGCCCAUAAUCUAAAUUUUGAAAAAACAAAAACUCGAUUAUUAACGAUAUUUUUGAAUUAUGGCUUUCGGCACUCACUACUAUUUUUUUGGCGAAGACGAAUUUUUUUAUUUUAUUGUUUUAAAAUUACCGUUACUUGAAUCAAAAAUCAUUAUUUAAAAAAAGAAAGAGUGCGUUCGACCUGAAAAACACAUGAAAAAAAGCAAAAAAAUUACAAAAUUUUUCUAGUUCCAUUCACGUUUUUGUACGAUAUUCCGCGAGAACGCAUCAAAAAAGCGUGAAAUAUUUUUUAAACGAAAGAGGAAGCUUUUUUGUACAUUUGUGUCAAAUUUUACUAGCCAGUUCCACAUAUUUUGCAACUACAACAAAAUAAAGGUUGAAAACCAAAAAAAAGCCACUUUUUCCGUCGCGAAAAGGGGCGUGGCUUUGCGGUGCCUACACAUAUCAUCUACUAUAAAGAUUUAUUUAACUUCUUUUUAUCGAGUUUUUGAAACUUCAAAAUUUGAUAAUUUCAGAACUCCGCGGAGAUGAAGCCUGGCAACGACAGAUGCUAGUGGACCUUCCAGGGAUCACCCGACAGAGCACGUUUCCCUACGUUUUCGUCUGUGGCCAGUUUAUUGGAGGUUGAACGAUUGAAAAAUUAAAAAAAGUUGAGAAAAAUUGAUAAAUUCAGGCUCCUCCGCCCUGUUUACUCUGCACCAGAGCGGCAAGCUCCGGACGAUGCUGACGACUUGUCGCCCGCGGGAGUCCUCCCAGAAAGAGAAAACUACGUAA